AUGGGUGGUUCUGUAUCAGUGCCCGAAAAAUCCAUUCAUGAAUUCACUGUCAAGGAUAGCUCCGGGAAGGAAGUUGACCUUAGCGUUUACCAAGGGAAGGUUCUUCUCGUCGUCAACGUUGCUUCUAAAUGCGGUUUCACGGAAACUAAUUACACCCAGCUUACUGAACUUUACCGGAAAUACAAAGAUCAGGGGUUUGUGGUAUUGGCGUUUCCUUGCAACCAGUUUUUGAACCAAGAGCCUGGGACAAGCCAAGAUGCUCAUGAGUUUGCUUGUACCAGGUUUAAGGCCGAGUACCCUGUUUUCCAAAAGGUGCGUGUGAAUGGACAAAACGCAGCACCAGUCUACAAAUUUCUCAAGUCAAAGAAACCCUCUUUCCUUGGAAGUAGGAUCAAAUGGAACUUCACCAAGUUCUUGGUUGACAAAGAUGGUCAAGUCAUUGAUCGUUAUGGCCCCACUGUUCCACCUCUUUCCAUCGAGUCACGUGUAGUGGAAACAAAAGAACAAGAUUGCUGUCAUUGGAAGACGUAA